GAAAAUGAACGACGUUAUAAUGCUUCUUUGCAAGGUCGAAUUAUGAAAUUUGAUGAAGUGUCGCGCCAAAUGCAUGCUGUACCUUGGAUUCCUGCAAGUAACGUCAUUCCGUGGCAGCCCAUCAGGACACGCUCAAAAAGACAUCGCUCCGCAAAACGAUCCGCCAAUUGUAAUUCAGCAUCAUCCAAAAAGUUUCAAACACCAAACAUUCGUUCAAAAUCUGCACAGAGAUGA